AUGAAUCAGUUGAGUGAUUUGGGUUUAACGGUCAUUUCUAUGGUGGGCCAUAGCCAACAUAAUUGUGGUUAUUGCAAAGGAAAAGACAGUUCCAUCUCGUUUGGUAUUUGGGCCCAUGCCAUGACCUGUGAGGACUAUCAACGUUUGAUCGAUAGGGGUUGGAGAAGGUCUGGAAAGUAUCUUUAUAAACCUGAUUUAGAGAAAAGCUGUUGUCCACAAUAUACCAUCAAACUCGAUUCGACACGGUUUGUUCCAAGCAAAAGCCAAAAAAAAGUCAUCCACAAAUUCAAUCGAUAUGUCAAAGGGACUUGGGAUCCUGACCCUUCGACAGUGGAUCCACAGAAGAAAGGAAAAGAACCGCCAUUCAAAAAGCCAAACAACUAUGUGGAAGCAGCCAAUUCUUUACAACACUUGAUACAUGAUGUGGAAAAUACCAGCAUGGAUAACAAAUACGAUUUCAAGAUCGAGUUAGAACCCUCCUCUUUUACCAAAGAGAAAUUUGAACUGUAUUCCAAGUAUCAACAACAUGUUCAUCAUGAUAAACCAGAAGAGAGAACUGAAAAGGGAUUCAAACGAUUUUUGGUGGAUUCACCCUUAAAGGCAGCACCGGAUGGGAUUUCGUAUGGAUCGUUCCAUCAAAAAUACAUACUGAAUGGGAAACUCAUUGCUCUCGCCGUGAUAGAUAUAUUACCUAAAUGUGUCUCCUCUGUCUAUUUUCUUUAUGAUCCAGAUGAUUCGUUCUUGGGCCUGGGGAAAUACAGUGUCUUUCGAGAGAUAAGUCUCGUACAAGAAUUAUAUAAAAGAUCAAAACAGCUACAGUAUUACUAUAUGGGAUAUUACAUCCAUUCUUGCCCCAAGAUGAACUACAAAGGUCAAUACCAACCCUCGGAUCUGCUUGAUCCCGUGGAUUAUACAUGGCACCCUUUGAAGGACUUUGUCACUCGGUUCGAUCAGGGCCAGAGUUUUGUGACGUUCCAUGCUGACGGUAACAACGACAGUGGUCAAGAAAGGAGGACCUACCCGCCAGGAUGGCAAGAUCCUAGCACCCUCACAGACGACAUGCUAGAAAAAGUAUUUGUACUCGUGGGACAAGCGAGAAUGGCACCUGUGACUUUUCUAGUUCAAUUUGAAUCCUCUUUGGCAUUUACACAAAAGAUAAAGGACUAUGUGUGUUCUGUGGGCAUAGAGCUGGCACAAAAAUUCAUUUUAUGUUAGCCCCAUGGCGGCCAAAAAUAAAAAAGCAACCACGUCCAACGCAUGGCGUUGUUGGACCCAUUCGAAAGCAUGCCACUGUUUCUUUUGUUACCUCCUAUUGUAGGUUGGACAUACGUCUUACUUUUCUUUCAUUCACAAUAAGAGAAACUCUUGUAAGAGUGAAUGAGCCGUUUUAUUUUUUAUAUACAGGAAAAAAUAGUUUAUACACGUGAGAAUAGGAU